AUGUCGGCAGAGGAUCAGCACAUGGAGAAUAGCAUGCAUUUAAUUCAGAUGGACUCUGUCCAACGUUGGAUGGAAGACUUGAAGCUCAUGACUGACUGUGAAUGCAUGUGCAUUCUCCAGUCUAAACCAAUCAGCUUGGAAGACGAUGCACAGAGUGAAUGUUCCCUUCCAUCCCAACAUGGUGCCUGUAAUAAUUUACAGUCAUUGCUGAAAAGAGCUUGGAUUAUAAGCACUGAGCUGACCAGGAUUGUCCAAAAACUGGAGAAGAAUCGAUGGCAAAGGGUUCACAGCAUGACUGUCAGAGUCAACUGCCACGUCCGCUCGAUGAUCAGUGAAUAUAACACAUUCACAAGGAAUUCUUGGGAAGAAAUGCAACAGUAUGAAAAAAUGCUAGUGGAAAAGUGUUCAGAACUUACAACAGUUACGGAAAGGUGUGUACAGAUUGAAGACGAACAGAUAUUGAAAUCUAUGAAGUCUUGUAUUAAUGACACACUAACCACUGUUGCACAGUAUUUUGGCCAAUUGAUCGAACUAGCUUUAACCCAUGAAAUAAAGAACCUGGUAAAGGAAAUAAAUUCAUCAGAUAAUCUGUAUUCCGCGGAAUCAGCUACAAGCAACUUAUUCAGUCUUACCCAGGAGGGCUCCCACUUGUGUCGCAUCAUUGCGAAGGAAGGAGGCAUCGCUGCCCUUUUCAAGAUCUGCCGACAGGAUUGCUUCAGGUGUCUCUAUCCACAGACCCUCAGGACUCUGGCAUCCAUCUGCUGCGUGGAAGAAGGACUCCAGCAGCUGGAGAAGGAUGACGGGAUACUCUGCUUAGCGGACAUCCUUACUGACAGCACGCACUUGCAAGCAACCCACGCAGAAGCAGCAGCUGUAAUAGCUCAGAUUACAUCUCCUCAGCUCACCUUCACGCAGCAUCUCAGCAGCUUCCUGGAGAACAUGGAGGAAAUUGUCACAGCACUUCUCAAACUGUGCCAAGAGGCUGUCUCUGGAGAGGUUUUCCUACUGGCUUCAGCUGCACUUGCCAACAUCACAUUUUUUGAUACAAUGGCCUGUGAGAUGUUGCUCCAGCUGGAUGCAGUGAGGAUUCUUAUAGGAGCUUGCGGGGACAAGCAGAAAGUGGAUAGCCCCUAUUCUCGAGACCAGGUUGUGACAAUAUUAGCCAACAUGUCUGUCCUGGACCAGUGUGCUUCGGAAAUAAUCCAAGGAAAUGGUGUUCAGGUUUUAAUGGAAAUGCUGUUAGAGAAGUCAUCCUCUGGAAAUCCUCCGGAAGUAGCUGCUUGUGAACGCGUUCAGCAAAAAGCCGCUGUCACGCUUGCCCGGCUGAGCCGUGAUCCUGAAGUGGCACAUGCAGCCAUAAAACUCAACUGUAUUCCACGUCUCAUAGAGCUUUGCAGGUCUCCUACUGAAAGAAAUAAUAGUGAUUCUGUUCUUGUUGCUUGCCUGGCAGCCUUGCGGCGUCUGGCCGUGAUGAGCCCCGACGGCCUACAGGAGUCAGAUGUCCAGCAGCUGGUAAAGCCCAGGCUUGUGGAUUCCUUUUUGCUUUGUACCAAUAUGGAAGAGAGCUUUGUAUAA